UUUCUGCAAAUCUCCUUUUGCGAAUCUUUCUUCCACCUGCUGGGUUGUCUUCCGAGGAGAGAGUCCCAUGAUGGACAUUGUUCUUUCUGCUGUCCUGGGCGAGCUGGCUUCUAGAUCCAUAAAUUUCUUCAUCAGCAAAAGCUCCAAGCCAACGGUGAUGGUUGUGGCAGAUAGACUGCAAAGGGCUCUUCUCCGAGCUCAGGUCAUUGUUUAUGAGGCCAUGGAACGGCAGAUCACAAACCAAGCUGUGCUCCAGCAGCUGGACAUGCUCAGAGACGCCAUGUACCGAGGCUAUUACAUCCUCGACACCUUCAGAUACCAAUCUCACAGAGAAGAGGAGGCGAAAGGUCAGGUCAUGAGCAACACUUUAUCUCUCUUGAAAGUAAAUUGUCUACAAGGCUUUUGUUCGUCCAAUAGAAACACACUGAUUUUGGAACAACUGCAAAAGCCGCUUGAUGAUUUAAGCUCUAUUAUCCUUGAUGCCAAAGAGCUGGUCAUGUUCUUGGCAAGCUAUCCUCGCCUGUACCGCCAACCUUAUAGCAUGCAUCUCUUGCUCGGAAACUGCAUGUUUAACCGCCAGAUGGAAUCUGAACUUGUGAUCAACUUCCUAUUGCACACACAACCUCAUGGUUCUGAAGAAUUGGAGGUACUGCCAAUUGUUGGCCCUUGCAAAGUUGGCAAGAGCACCCUUGUUGCUCAUGUUUGCAAGAAUGAAAGCAUCCGUGAUUAUUUCUUAGAAAUCUUGUUCCUGCAUGACCAUGAUUUUAUAGAUGACAACCUCUCUACAGUCAGAAGAUGUGAAAUAAUAGAUCGAAAUCGCAUAUUGAACUCGAACCAAGACAGGGGAUGGCUAAUUGUUGUGGACUUAGUUGGUGAUCUUAAUGAAGAUGUAUGGAAAAUGUUUUAUUCUUCUUGUAAACAACGCUUGCCAAGCAGCAGUAAAAUCAUAAUCACAAGCCGGUCUGACAAGAUCACUAAGUUUGGAACAACACAGGCUCUAAAUCUGAAGUAUGUGUCCGAUGAAGCACUGUGGUAUUUCUUCAAGACAGUUACAUUUGGAAGCAUAGAUCCUGAUAUGCACCCAAAGUUCGUGCACGUGGCCAUGGAGAUAGCCCAGAUGUUGAGAACAGGCCUGAUUGGUGCAAACAUCAUGGCUUGUUUGCUGAGGGAGAAUUUUGACAUGCACUUUUGGUGCAAGGUUCUAGCCUUCAUGAGAGGGCUCAUCCAGAAGCAUGUCUCCGAAUUUGGUGUUGAACCACUUUUUCUUAUAAACCAGAAUAAACAUGUACAUCUUGGAAGAAUGGCUACACCUUCUGAAGAUUUUUUGUAUUGCUAUGAUUAUGAAACUCUUCACAAGGGGGGGUUCCGAAGAUAACAUUCCAAGAUUUGU